AUUACCAUGGAAACAUUUGGAACAUAAAUACCCUUAAAAAUUCCCAAAAAAUCAAAUUUUUAAAUUAUGUUUUUUACAAUUUUUUUGAUAAUUUCAAUUCCAAAAAUUUGGACAUAUGAUUAUUCUAAAGUAUGCCCUCUGCACCUCGAACAACAUACGCUAGUUUUGUAUCCAAAUUGUAGUCUAUCUGGAGCAUGUCGUUUAAAAACACAAAUACCGUUUCGUCAAUAUCAAAAAGAUCUUUUAAUACAUUUGCACAAUGACUUUCGUAGUAAAGUUGCGGUAGGUAAAAUAUUAUGGCAGCCAACUGCUGCAAAUAUGAAUUUAUUGCAAUGGAGUAAUGAACUAGAAUAUAUUGCUCAAUGUUGGGCAAAUCAAUGUAUAGUUGGUUCAGAUUCUUGCCGUGAUAUUUAUCAAGGUUAUGUAGGCCAGAAUUAUGGUGUUACACGGCAUGUAUGUGAUCCACAAUUUGCUACAUCAGAUAUGGCGAUAUAUGAAUUAAUACAAUGGUGGACGAAUGAGCACCAUUAUUUUGAAUCCAAUCUUGUUGGCAUGUAUAAGACACCUGAGUGUGGAUUGGAGUCGAAAACAAGAAAUUAUACACAAUUAGUUUGGGCUGAAACGUACAAAGUAGGAUGUGCACGGGUUCUUUUUGAGGAAAAUGGUGUAACACAAGCAAUUAUAUUUUGCAAUUAUUUUCCCGGCGGCAAUUUAAUUGGAAAACCAGUAUAUAAAAGAGGAUUGCCAGCAUCUGAUUGUAGCCCCACGCGAUGUCCUAGUAAAACAUAUCCUGGAUUAUGUAAAUUACGUGUACCGGAAAAGGUGUGACGAAUUUUUGGUAAAUCAAAUUGACAAAGAUUAUUGUAAAAAAAUUAA